AUGUCCGCCUCGAUCCUCCGCGCUGCCGCUCGCGGCCCCUCCAGCUUCCUCCGUGCGAAUGUCGUCGCUGCCCGUCCGCAGCCCAUGGCUGCGCGCGCCGUAAUCGCCACCCCCAGCUUCAGCACAACCGCCCGCAUGCGCUCCGAGCACCAGGAGGAGACUUUUGAGGAGUUUUCUGCCCGCUAUGAGAAGGAGUUCGACGCUGUGCAGGACGUUUUCGAGCUUCAGCGCAACUUGAACAACGCCUUCGCAUACGAUCUCGUUCCCUCUCCCUCGGUCGUGUCCGCUGCCCUCAGGGCUGCCCGCCGUGUCAACGAUUUCCCCACAGCUGUCCGCAUCUUCGAAGGUAUCAAGGCCAAGGUCGAGAACAAGGGCCAAUACGCCCAGUAUCUGGAGGAGCUCAAGCCCCUGCGCGAGGAGCUCGGCAUCCCGCUCAAGGAGGACCUGUACCCCGAGGAGGCCAAAUAA